AAAUUCGUCGCAGACCAGACCGGAGCCGAGUCCGCUGCCGUCACCACCGACUUAAGCGGGAAGACGCUGGUCCUCAUUGGUGCCAAUGUUGUUCUGGGAUCUGAGGCUGCAAAGCACUUCACUAGGACGAAUCCUGCGCGCUUUGCGCAGGACUGUAUGCGAUGA